AUGGAAAGCCUAUUGAAUAAUAUAUUUGUGAUAAUUUUUGCUGGACAGUUUAUAAUAGGAAUUUUAGGAAAUGGAUUCAUUGUGUUGGUUAACUGCAUUGACUGGAGUAGAAGCAGGAAGUUCUGCAUCAUUGACUUCAUUCUCACUUGUUUGGCUAGUUCUAGAAUAUUUCUUCUGUGCAUAGCAGUUUGGGCUAUUCGUUUUAUUGAAAGCUAUGAAAAAAUAUUACAUAAAAAUAGCUCAAUGGUAAGUUUUGAUUUAAUCUGGACAGGAGUCAACUACUUCUGUGUUUCUUGUACCACCUGCCUCAGUGUCUUCUAUUUCCUCAAGAUAGCCAACUUCUCAAAUCCUGCUUUCCUCUGGAUGAAAUGGAGAAUUCACAAGGUGCUUCUCUUUCUUGCACUAGCAGCAAGUUUCUCUCUGUGUGUAUGUCUGAUUUUGAAGACUAUUAUGUUUAAAAGUUCGGCCAUAGUUAAAACUGAAAGCAAUUUGACAUGGAAUGUCACAGUGAGAACAUAUAGUACGUUAACUUGUUACCUAUUUAUUAACACAAUGUUCAACAUCCCCUUUGUAGUAUCACUGAUCUCCUGUUUCUUUUUAAUCCUUUCCUUACGGAAUCAUACCAGAAGGAUGAAGGGCAUAGGUUCUAAGGACCUUAGCACAGAAGCCCAUGUGAGUGCCAUGAAGUCUAUGAUUUCAUUCCUAUUCCUCUUUGUCUUAUACUAUUUGAGCAAUAACCUCGUAGCUUGGAAUUACACUUUUCUAGAGAGGGUUGAAGCAAAGAUAAUUGUUGAUAUGACAGGAUUCUUUUAUCUAUCUGGCCACCCAUUUCUUCUUAUUUUUUGGAACAGCAAGUUGAAGCAGACUUCUCUCUAUGUCCUGAGAAAUUUGAAGCAUUGCAUGAAUAGGAAAAAACCCAGCAUUUUCAUAAACUUGCCUAAAAAGAGUGAUAAUAUUGUCAAGAAUGAAGAUGCUGAAUAG